AGGGGGGGGGGGGGGGGGGGGGGGGGGGGGGGGGGAGGGAGGAAGCAAGUGCAGGGGCCUGGGCGUACGGCUCUGCUACUUUCACCUGGGCAUAUAUUGGCUGCUCUCCUUCCGUCCUCCUUCCUCCCCCUCCCUCGCCACUCUCCCCCUUCCCUCCCCUCUCACUUCCCCGUCUCUCCCUCCCCCUUCCCUCCCCCAUUUAAUUCCCCCUCUCUCUCCCCCUUCCCCUCCCCCUUACUCCUUCCUCUCUCUCUCCCCCUUCCCCUCCCCCUUACUUCCCCCUCUCUCUCUCCCCCUUCCCCCCCCCUUACUGCCCCCCCCCUCCCUCCUUCUUCCCUCCCCCAUUACCCCCGUGCACCGGGCGCACGGCCCCCAGGUGGAUGCACUGAUGCUGGUGGCGCGCCUGAGGGAGCUGCGGCGCCUGCGAGGGCUGCGCGCUCGCAAACGCGGGCGGGUGGUGGAGGGCGACGAGGAUGCGUUCAUGCGUGCUGUGAGAGAGGCCGUGCGGGAGGAGGACUCACGGGGGGUUGUGCACGAACUCAAGGAGGGGAGGGGAGGGGCGGAGGGGCACGAGAAAGGGAGGGGAGAUGGGGAGGAGGCCGAGGGAGGGGAGAGGGGGUGUGGAGGAGGAAGCAAAGCUGAGAGCAUGCGUGUGGGAACAGCGGGCAGCGGAAGCGAGAACGGCCGUUG